GGAGAAAGAGAGGCAUUCAGACAGAGGAGAUCCUUAGCAAACUGAAGUGAGAGAAAGAAAAGACAUCAGCCAGGGGAGUGUGUUUGUGUGUGUGUGCGCCCGUGUGUGUGUGUGUGUGUGUGUCUGUGCGUGCAGGAGAAAACCUGAGAGUGUUUGCUCCAGUGUGUAUCUUGGUGGAGCGGACUGCACGUUUGCUCCCAGAAGAAAGGACUCGCAAUGAUUUAGGAAACCUAAGGAAAUCCGUCCAGGCUGCUGGGAAACAGGGUUGGGAAUACUUUGGAUAUGUGACCUGCUCAAGAAAUCCUGUUUUUCCUUUUUUAAAUCUAAAAAACAAACAAAAACUGAUUCAGUCUCAUUGCUGGUAAAUUGGAGCCAGAAAACCACAAUGCCUACCGACGAUUACAACUACCUGCCUGAUGCGCUUCCUCCUCUCCCUGAAGUCCCGGACCCCGGCUCGGCCCUGAGCUCCGUUGACAUUCCGGCCCGCUGCCUCCGCAACCCGGCCUUCCGCCACACCUCCUCGCGCUACUGCUCCGCCCUCAGCAUGGACUCCUCUCCCGACAGCGCCGAGCGGCCCAUCAGCUACAGCUCUACCUCCUCCUCAGCAUCGUCCCGCGACAGUCACUGCUCACUGGGGAGCCGCUCCGCCCUGGUCGCCGCCCCGCACUGCAACCCGGCGCAGCCGGACCGGGACUCUGGGGCGAUCUGGCUGGAGCUUGUCCCCGCCCGGCAGCUGGGGUGCCGGGAGGAAGACGACAGAAAUGAGGGACGGGUGGAAACGGGGCGGGGGCAAGGGAGACAGGGACAGACUCUGACGGAACAUUCGGAGCCCGAGGUUGGUCCAGAUGGACCAGGAGAGCAAACGGGUCAGGUGCAGGGACCCAGGACGUAUGUGGACCGGGUGGUGCAGGAGAUACUGGACACAGAGAGAACCUACGUCCAGGACCUGCGCAGCAUUGUGGAGGACUACCUGGAGUGUAUCAGCAAUCAGUCUCAGCUGGCCUUGAUUUCUGAGGAUAAAGGCUCCCUCUUUGGCAACAUCCGGGACAUCUACCACUUUAACAGGGAUCUUCUUCAUGAUCUUGAGAAGUGCAACGCUGACCCCGUUGCCAUCGCAGACUGCUUCGUAUCCAAGAGUGAAGAGUUCCACAUUUACACCCAGUACUGCACCAACUACCCACGGUCGGUGGCCGUGCUAACCGAGUGCAUGAGGAACAAGGCGUUGGCCAAGUUUCUUCGCGAGCGCCAGGAAUCUCUGAAGCACUCCCUGCCCCUGGGCUCCUACCUGCUCAAGCCGGUGCAGAGGAUCCUCAAGUACCACCUACUGCUGCAUGAGAUAGCCAACCGCAUGGAGAAGGACACGGAGACCUACGAGGUUGUGCAGGAAGCCAUAGACACCAUGCAGAGAGUGGCCUGGCACAUCAACGACAUGAAGAGGAAACACGAGCACGCCGUCAGGUUGCAGGAAAUCCAGAGCUUGCUGACCAACUGGAAAGGCCCUGAUCUCAUCGGCUAUGGAGAGCUGGUUCUGGAAGGAACAUUUCGUCUGCAGCGAGCCAAAAACGAGAGAACUCUCUUUCUGUUUGACAAGCUUCUGCUCAUCACCAAGAAACGAGAAGAAACCUACACGUACAAGGCCCACAUACUGUGCUGUAACCUGAUGCUUGUGGAAGUUAUUCCAAAAGAACCACUGAGUUUCAGUGUGUUUCACUACAAGAACCCCAAACUUCAGCACACGGUCCAGGCCAAAUCCCAACCAGACAAGCGCAUGUGGAUCUUGCACCUCAAGAGGCUCAUACUUGAAAACCAUCCGGCCAAAAUACCUGCCAAGGCUAAGCAAGCAAUUUUGGAGAUGGAUGCUAUGCAUCAUCCUGGGUUUCAUUAUAACCCUGAUGGAGACAAGAAAGAUUCCCAUCAAACCAAGGAUGGUCCAACCCCUCGUAGAGGACGCAGGAAAGAGCCUCUAUCCAAGUUAUUGAAGCAUGCAAAGCAGAAUGCUGCCAAUACAGAAGGCGAAAAGCGAAUAAGUCUGGGUGCCACGCUGCUGUCGCCAAUGUCCCAGCUGGCUUUGGGCACCAUCGGUCGCAGCCGCAGCCUCAUCAACCAAUCUCAGGAGUCGCUGGACCCGGGAGAUCACUAUGACCACAGUGACAGAGAAGAAGAGCCACAUCAGCAAGAUGCUGACGAUGAAGAUGACAGUGGCCUGGGAGGUGGAAAGCGGCUGCGAGUCCCCGGCAAAAGCAGUAGGAAGAGGCUGAACCCUCAGGCAUCCGUGGACAGUAUAGAACAGUGGAAAUCCUUUAAUAUGAGCACUUCAGACUUACAGAAAGCUAGAGAAUCCCUGGUGAGGGAAGGAAGUCACCACCCGCCGCUCGUCAGGACACGUCGUGUAACGGAGGAGCCUCCAGACCCCGCAACUCCCUCCGUAGUAGUCACAGAAAGUGACCAUUCCGUGAGGAACAUCUGGGCCGACCACCGUGCUCGCAGAGCCAUGUUCCCCACCCGCCAGAGAACCAUGCAGCCGGAGGAUGAGGACGAGGACAUCUAUCAGAUGUUUGUCCCGACAGAGCCGAGCGGACCAGAACCAGAGGUGCCCUCGGAGAGGUCAGCGGCCACCUCCUCACCCGCGGCGGCUCGGCCCUGCAGCUGGCACGUCGAACAGCUCCCCACUGUGCAGAUUGACCCUCCGACUGAUGGGGGCCAAGUCCUGCGGAGGGCGAGCAGUGCAGGGGAGAAGGCGACGGAGGUUCGACAGAGUCCUGGCGAUGACCAGGCAGGUAACGGAAAUUUGGAAGUGAUUCACACCGAGUCCUCCAGCAAUGAGAUCUCUGGAUCAUCCUCGGCGGAGCAGCUGACGAUAGACGAUAUUGAAAAUGUGUAUGACAACAUCAGCUAUGAGGACCUUAAGAACAUGGGCCUUGUCAGAAGGGACCCUGAGGAAAGCCUGCCACGGAAAGACACUGCUGCAGAUGCACAGGGUCUCCAGGGGCAGGCGUCAAGGGCAAGGACUGCUCCAGAGGCUCCUGUGGUCUCAGAGCCUGCGAUCGAACCAGACAUUUCCCCAGUGAGCAGUCAGCCCGUCACACAUGAGGGUAGGCCUGUUGGGACGUUGGAGCUCAAGAUAGUAGAGGAGAAUGUCUAUGACACUGUCUGCUUCAGGGAGCCCCCGUCAACAGUGCUGAAAGAAAUACAUGAAUGUGAUAACCUGAAACAAGAGAGAGACAGUCUGCUGGCCUCUGAACAAGACCUCACUGGAAGCAUUGGGGCGUUUGUCUCCGAGGAGAGCCUGCACUUUGGGGAGGACGAAGGACCAGACCCGUCCCAUCGUGUGCCAUGUCACUCCGAGCCGGAUUAUUCCUCCUCGUCUGCCUCCGAGACUUUCUCUCGCCGCUCACAGAAAGGGGAUAAGAUGUCGGAGCAGGUCGACGAGAUCUGGAACGAUCUGGAAAACUACAUCAAGAACAAUGAGAAGAAAGCCGACAAACAUCCCGCGGCUUUCCCCGUCAGUGCCGGCGAGUCGCCUAAGAAGGCGAAAACAGCCAAAGUCAAAGACCGCCAUCCAAAGAGCCCCCCUGUAGUUAGUCCUCAAGCGGCCAGCCCUCAAACCAAAAGUCCCCCAACACAUCAGCCUAAACCCCCACCUGUCACCUCCAUGCCGUCAUUCACCAUCCCAGUCAUCAACCUCCAGGAACCUUCAAGUGAAGGCACCAGUGUAGAAGAAAUCCAGAGCCCUGCUCCUACAACUCACCCACUUCCUGUCACCCCAGACCCCCCCCCUGGCACAGUGAAGAGCAUCCGCAACAGACUGGCACGCCUCAGCAGCGGCAGCUUCCGACUGGAGGACGACGACCUGGUGGAGCUUCCUCCACGAAACAUCCCUCAAAAGGACCUUCCCCUCAAGGACCUUCAUAGCUUGUUCCCAGGGGAGCUGGCGGGUCUGGACUCACCCUUGGCUUCCUCCUCUCUACUGUUGGCGGAGUCCGCGGACUUGGAUCUGAUUGAAAAAUCAAAGAACCGGGUGUUCCUGAUGGCCCGGCAGUACAGCCAGAAGAUCAAGAAAGCCAACCAGUUGCUGCGCAUGAGGAGCAUGGACCCUGGAGACGCUUGUUGUCGGACGAGAACUGAGAAGAAGCAGAAAGACCUGGCAGCCAUCUUGGAAGAAAAGAAACAAGGGGGCACCGCCAUAGGUGCAAGGAUAGCAGAGUACUCGCAUCUCUACGACCAGGUGAUGUUUAAGGAUCCUCCCGGGCAAACCGGGCCACAUCACGGCCAUCCAGGGCUGUUGUCUUCUCCGUCCAUGCCCGAGACGUCCCUGGAGGAGGAGUGGCUCCACUCCACUUACAGCAACGGAGAGCUGGUCAGCUUCAUGUCCUCGUCCGGCGAGUUGGAUGAUGCCCGAGCGUCUUCUACGCCGCAGCGCAGACUCACCUCCGCCUGCUCCACCCCGUCCUUCAGGACCUCCCCGUCAUCUCCGACUAACCCGGCGUCCCAGAGGUGGAGCUCGUGCAUGUCGGCGCCCAGCGAAGAAGAGGAGCACGUGUACAGCUCCAUCAAGAGACACCCUUCCUUCAACGCUCCGUCUUCCCCCUCCUUAAAGUCCCCCCCGUCCAGUCACUGUCAGUCACUCGGCUCCCUGGGCAGCAAGCGGCAGGAUGCCGAGCAGCCCGGACUCAGAUGUGCCGUGCCCACAGACAGACUCCAUGGCCCCAGUCUGGGUCGCACAGGUCGCCAGAGCAGCCUCCCAGAGCGCCCGACCCCAGGACAGUCCGAGCUCACUUUGCGUGACGGUCAGCAAGUGGUGGUCCUGAACCGGGCUUCUGCUCUGAGCAUACUCGGCGCCACCCAGAACUACAUGGCCAACUUCAAGGACGACGGGGAAGACGACGAUGACUACGUGGAGAUCCGCUCCGAGGACGAAGGCGAGCGCGAGCAGGACAGGUUGGCGGGGCGAAGCGACGGCUCGGCGGCCCUUUCGGAUCCCAACCGGGGUCCCGUCCACUCCCAGAGUCUCCCGUGCACACCGGCGCGCUCCUGCGACCCGCUGAGGUCUCUGGAGCGCAAGCAACUGGCGAAGUACCUGUGGAACGAGCCGCAGCAGAGCCAACCCAAAAUCGUCCAGUCUUUGAGGGAGAAGUUCCAGUGUCUGAGCUCCAGUAGCUUUGCCUGAGUCUUUACGACGAACAAAAGCCAAAUGCAUUAAACAUAAACAAACGUACAGCAUAUAGCAACAAAACGGACACAGCUGCUUUGCCCUGAGGGGCAUCAGCCGUUCUACAUACAAAUCCGCAGACGUAACACAUCAGCAGCGUAGUUCAGAAUGUUUUUUCUUGUUUGUGACAACUUACUGUUACAGAAUUUCAAUGUAAACAUAAACAAUAGGUUGCUGUUAAUAGUCAAAAGCCUGCAAGUGAGUUGCCUCAGCACUUCAAAAGGCUCUCAGUCAUUUGUAAAGGCAUUCAUCGUGACUGAAUGGGUUUCAAUAGUCAAAGGAAUUCAAACUCUUUAAUUGCUUUACGCGUGCGCCUUGUAGAGGCAAUUGGAGUCGUAUUAAUUGGUUCUGCUGGAGAACUUUGUGUCAAACUGUUGUACAGUUACAGUAGUUCAGGAUGUCUGUUACCAAUUGUAAGGAAUAAAAUCUUGCCUGUGCCCGUUGUCUCAAACCGAAGUAGAAGCAUUAACAACCUGAUGACCUUUGGCGGAUCUUAACUCACAACGCUGGGAGUACUUCUUUCUCUCAAUCUGCUGUCAAAGUUAUAUUUACUGCUUUCUCAGCACUAAUUGGUCUUAACUUGUUUAGGAGCCGUGUUUUUAAUUGUGCUUAAAGGGAUAAAAUUGCUCUGAACAAGCAGCUUUACAAAGUUGUAGUUGAAAUUCGCUACACUGGCUUGUGUCACUUUUAACAGCUUUUUAGCAAUAAUUGUUACAAAAGCGAUGCAGCUGUAAAGAAAACAUGUUGGUUAACAUCCAGUAGGUUAAGUAUAACUUCACUUAGACCCGUAGGUUUAAGACCUGUUAAAUUUUUGGGACUUGCUUCCACCUGCCAUCUUUUUCAUCAAUAGGUUAUCAUGCUUUAAAAUCAAGAGAAGUUUAGAUAAUCUAUAAGAAACCGUAGGACUUCAGAUUUGUUUUGAAUCUGGGAGUACUUCAGAGAGGUUUUCACGUGUUGCGGUCUGGAGGUGUUCAUCAUGUAAAAAGUGCAUUUCAACGAGUUCUUUUUGCUGUUUUUUUUCAAAUCUCACAUGUUUUAACGUUUUGUUUUUCGAGGGACCAGGAAGGAGAACACAGUCAGUUAAAACACUACAGUACUGCAUUUGAUGUAUAAUUUGUGUUUUUCUCACAUGGAUAGUCUUUACUUUGUUAACGUCGGGACACUUCCAGCGGUCACACUACUGAAAUUGCAUCUUCAGUCACAGAAAGAAAGUCACAGUGAUCUCAAUCACUUUAAUAAUGUUCAUGCGACACAAUUGUUUUCUCUCCCAGGAAUCACCACACACUGUCUUUACAAAAAACACUAAAGUUGUCCUAUUUAUUUAAAUGCAGAGCUGUUAUUUGGGCCUUAAUCCCUAUUCAAGACAGACUCGUUGUAAAAUAAAUUAUUUAUUAAAAUAUGGUUUCAUUCAGAUUUAAGGGUGCAGACUAAAUUUGAAUCAAAUACUGUGAAUAUUAAGUGGGUUUUCUAUCCCUCACUGCGUGACAUGCCAUAAGUUCCAAAUCACAACAUGUAAAAAAAUAAAUAUCACAUUAUCACGGCCUAAUUCUAGUACCCGGAAAUAUGGAUCAAAAGCGAAUUAGGAAUAUGAAGUAUGAUUAUUUUUCAUUGUAUAUUUUGCUCGGUUUCACUGGUGGGGAUUGUCUUGUCUUCAUUGAGUAUUUUUUUUUUGCACUUUUGUCUUUUUUACAUUUUAUUUGUAAACACUCUGUAAAGAUGUACAUUUUAGAAAGUUAUUCUUGUAUGUAAUAGGUAUGCUUUAUCAUGGUGUAAUGUUAAGUUAAGUACUGUAUUUUUUUAACUGCCUAGUUGUUAUCGCUCAACAUUGUAUUGCAGGUAAUAAAUUGAUUAAAUUCA